CAAAAUCCAGAUAUCAAUCAGCUAGCUUGCUAUUUGAGAAAUAUUCAACGGCCAGACGAUACAUCGAGUCGCAGGGCUGUGGCAGCCGAGCCAACAAGGGCAAUGAUAGGCUACAGAGGCACCGUGCUGACGCGUGGCGGCCUUGUCAGCUUGGUUCAUUUCGCCGACCGGGGCAAGACCAACUUCGUACUCUGAAGGCGACUAGGGCUUGUUAAUUACUCAUAUUCUGCAGCAUCUUGCUCUCUUGGCCAAUUGUGUUGCGAACAGCGGCGUCCCGAGACUCGCAUAUUGCACAUUCCGCAUUCGAGCCUCUUCUUCCGACUGGGCUAUGGAUUUUCCUCACCUGCCGACGCCCGUGGCCAUCGAUCAGUCCAUUGCUGUCACGAUCCUCGUCCUCCUUGGCGCUACGAUCAUAUGGCUCAAGAACAAGUUCGAUAAAAGAGUGGUAUCUGCUUUAGGACGGCAGAUCCCGGCUGAUCAAAGUCACCAAACUUCUCGUAAUCGACCGUCGCUGGAGGUCCUCUAUGCCAGUCCGAGUAUUACAACCACCCGAGAGGUCGAGGUGGAUGUUGUCGCUGUCCAUGGUCUCGGGGCUAAUGUGGAUUGGUCGUGGAUCUCCAAACAUGGAGCUAAACCUGUUCACUGGUUAAAGGAUCCGGACAUGCUUCCUAUUGUGGUGCCUAAUGCUCGAAUUAUAGUCUACAACUACGAUUCACGAUGGCACUCCGACGCUCCACAAAAUCGCCUCCAGCUCUGCGGUGAGGGAUUGGUGGCAGAACUGCAUCGCUUUCGCGGUCAAGAUAACACGCGUCGCCGUCCAAUUAUCUUCGUAGGGCAUAGCCUUUGCGGCUUGGUCAUCUUAUACGCGUUGCUAUACGCUGACUGUACCGAAGAUUUCAAGUACCUAUCGACACAGACGGUCGGUUUCGCUGCCCUCGGUACCCCUUUCAGGGGCACACAGAUGCAGAGUCUGGCCAAAAAGGUUGCAUGGAUCUUGGACCCAACCGGUUCUCACCUAGAACAAGACGGAAAGCAUCUAGAAGACAAGGUCCACGAUUUUGGCGUGCUUCGGGGGAAGCUAGCCAUACCUACAUGUUGCUUAAUUGAGUUAUAUGUUUCCAACUAUGGAAAGAAGGUUAAACUACCAGGACUGGCUGGAAGAAUGGUGGUAGAAGAGGAAUCUGCUCACAUACCCGGCUGGGCUCGGGUAUUCCUUAAAACGGAUCACUUCAAUCUCAACAAGUUCGAAGGCCCAAAUGACCGUUCCUUCUUAAGCGUCUCAGAAGAGAUACAGAAGAUGUGUAGAGAAGCGAAGAGUGUGCUUGAACGAAGAUAAAUGAGAAUCCCACUAUAUUGGCUUAUU